UUCUGGACAUGAGUUUAAUUGCAUUGUAAAUGAGAGGAAAGGACAGAUGGAGAUCGCUACCCUUGUUUAGGUCUAAUUCAAAAAUACCAAGCAAACAUGGCGAAGCAAAGCAGUAUUUUCAACUUCUUUGCUAAGUCGCCCCCAUUGAAAACCAAACUGAAACCUAGCCCGUCUCCCACUGAGGCGGACCUGCCCUCUUCGGUGCACAACUCCAACACUUCUCCUAAGGAAGAAGCGAAGCAGGCAGCUGACUCUUCAAAGAAAGCCGCUGCAAAGCUGAGCAAGCCGGCAUCUGGCCAAGCGAGGAUCGUCGGCAAGCUCUUCGGAGAGAAGAAAAAGACGACAGAAACAACAGACAGUAAAAGCACAUGCCAGUUCAAACCUGGAGACCUGGUGUGGGCCAAGCUGGAGGGACACCCAUGGUGGCCCUGCCUGGUGUACAAUCACCCUGAGACUGCAGAGCUCCUGAGGGGCAAGGGGAAAGCCCAGAGAAUCCAUGUGCAGUACUUCGAUGUGCCUCCCAUGAGGGGCUGGGUCAACGUGAAGUAUGUCAAGCCGUACCAAGGCUCAGACGCAAGCAGUGCAAAAGUGGGUGGUGUGUUCUUCAGCGGGAGGCCUGAGAUUCGCAGAGCAGUGGACUUGGCAGACAGUGCCAUGAAAGACGACGCAGAGAAAAGGCUUCAGUUGGCUGUGUGUGUGGAGCCAUCUGAAGAUGAAGAGGAGGAGGAGGAGGAUGAUGAUGAGAUGGAGAUUGAUGAGGAACACAGUGAUGAGGAGGAAGAGGCGGUCAAAUCUAACAAACGGCCAGCCAGGCAGAGCAGAGCAGGUGGUCCGCAAACAAAGCGGAGACGCAUCAUGGUGCCGUCGGACAGCGAGAACUCGGACGAGGAGUUCAAUCCAGAUGAGGCGGGGGCGAGCAGCGAUGAGGCGAGCAGUGGUGUGGAUGAGAACGAGGUCACCGAGCCUGAAUCUGAGUCUGAGGCAGACCCCGAGAGCCCAGUGAAACCCUUCAAGAGGAAGCAGGAGGCCCUCAGAACCCCAGCCAGAGAGAAAACAGCAAAACCCAGCAGCCUGUCAGACAUGCCAAAGAGGUCGCCCGCAGUGGCCGCCGACACCAAGUCGAGGUUGUUUGCGUUCUCUGCACCGGAUAGUUUUGAGAGCCAGACCAACUCUGCUGGGGGUGCAGCAGCAGGAAGCAGAGGGAUGGUUUGGGAUCAUGAAAAGCUGGAUUGGCUACAGGACGGCAAAAGGAAAGACUCCAAAAAACGAAAGCAGACAGACCCGGACUACGACCCGACUACUCUCUACAUCUCGGAGGACUUUCUUAACAAAUGCACUCCAGGCAUGAGGAGAUGGUGGCAGCUCAAGUCUGAGAUGUUUGAUGCUGUCCUUUUCUACAAAGUGGGCAAGUUCUAUGAGCUGUAUCACAUGGAUGCUGUUAUAGGGGUCACCGAGCUGGGGCUGGUGUUCAUGAAGGGCUCCUGGGCUCAUUCCGGCUUCCCAGAGAUUGGUUUUGGGCGCUACUCUGACGUUCUGGUCCAAAAAGGAUACAAGGUGGCAAGGGUGGAGCAAUUAGAAACUCCCGAUAUGAUGGAAGCCCGCUGCAAAACCAUGGCGCGCCCAACUAAAUUUGACAGAGUGGUGCGGCGGGAGGUGUGCAGGGUGAUCACCAAAGGCACCCAGACCUACAGUGUCCUAGAUGGAGCUUCAUCUGAAAGCCAUAGCAAGUACCUCCUGUGUGUCAAAGAGAAAGCUGAUGAGGAGUCUUCGGGAUGCCAUCGUAUGUAUGGCGUUGGUUUUGUGGACACUUCGGUGGGCAAGUUCCACGUGGGUCAGUUUCAAGAUGACCGCCACUGUUCCAGGUUCAGGACCCUGGUUGCGCACUACGCUCCAGCCCAGCUGCUUUUCGAGAAGGGCAAUCUCUCGGUGGAAACCCAAAAAAUAAUAAAAUCUUCUCUGGCUUCUGUUAUACAAGAGGGCUUGCAAUCUGGAUCCCAGUUCUGGGAUGCAUCCAAAACACUAAAAGUUCUAGCAGAAGAGGGCUACUUCAAAGAAAGUAACAAGAAAAAUGGAGAUGCCGACGAGGCACUGCCCGCUGUGCUAAAAAGCAUGACCUCGGACAGUGAUUCCCUGAGCCUCACCCCUGGCGAAGGCUAUGAACUAGCCUUAUCGGCACUUGGCGCUUGUGUGUUUUACCUGAAGCGGUGUCUUGUAGAUCAGGAGCUGCUGUCAAUGGCCAACUUUGAAGAGUACGUGCCUGUGGACAUGGAGAUGGGCAAAGCUAAAGGUUCGUCGAGCUUCUUUGCCAGGACUCUGCAGCGCAUGGUGCUGGAUGGUGUGACACUGAGCAACCUGGAGAUCCUUCAGAAUGGGUCAACGGGCACCGCUGAGGGCACCCUGCUGGAGAGGCUGGACAGCUGCUGCACGCCCUUCGGCAAGCGGCUCCUGAAGCAAUGGCUGUGCGCACCGCUGUGCAACCCCUCCUCCAUUGACGAUCGCCUCCACGCCGCAGAGGACCUGAUGGCCCUCCCGGACAAGUUAAGCGAGAUCAGGGAGCUCCUGAAGAAGCUGCCAGACCUAGAGAGGCUCCUCAGCAAGAUCCACAGCCUGGGCUCCACUCUGAAGAACCAAGAUCAUCCCGACAGCAGGGCCAUCCUCUACGAAGAGGUCACCUACAACAAGAGGAAGAUCGCAGACUUCCUCUCUGCGCUCGAGGGCUUCAAAGUUAUGCUGGAGGUCACCAGCAUCAUCCAGCCGGCUGUAGAGAACUUCAGAUCGAAGCUGCUGAAGCAGAUAGUCAGUCUUAGAGACGAAAGUGACAAGGGACUUUUCCCAGACUUCUCAGCGGAGCUGAAGAGAUGGGAGAUGGCCUUUGACCACCAGAAGGCGCGCAACACCGGUGUCAUAACCCCCAAAGCAGGCUUCGAUCCGGAGUUUGAUCAAGCCCUGUCUGAAAUCAAGGGUACAGAACGCAGUUUACAAGAAUAUUUGGAGAAGCAGCGCAAGCGAUUGGGAACCAAGUCCAUUGUUUACUGGGGAACUGGCAAGAACCGUUACCAGAUGGAGAUCCCAGAGAGUGUGACGGAGAGACAUGUGCCAGAGGAGUAUGAGGUCAAGUCCACUAGAAAGGGCUACAAGCGUUACUGGACUGGAGAGAUUGAGAGACUGUUUGGUGAACUGGUGACCUCCGAGGACAAAAGAGAUGGGGCUGUGAAGGACUGUAUGAGGAAACUCUUCUACAACUUUGACAAGAAUUACAAGGACUGGCAAACUGCUGUGGAAUGCAUCGCAGUGCUAGACGUCCUCAUCUGUCUGGCAAACUACAGCCAGGGAGGGGAUGGGCCCAUGUGCCGCCCGGAGGUAGUGCUGCCAGUGGAUGGCGCUGUGCCUUUCCUGGAGCUGCGAGGCUCGCGCCACCCCUGCAUCACCAAGACCUUCUUUGGGGAUGACUUCAUCCCCAACAACGUGUUUAUCGGAUGUAGUGGAGAGGAGGAUGAAGAGGAGAGUGAAAGCCAGGCCUCCUGCGUGCUUGUGACAGGACCUAACAUGGGUGGCAAGUCUACCCUUAUGAGACAGUGUGGGCUCAUGGUGAUCCUGGCUCAGCUGGGCUGCUAUGUUCCUGCAGAGAGUUUCCGGCUCACUCCUGUGGAUCGAGUCUUCACCCGGCUGGGGGCAUCAGACAGAAUUAUGGCAGGUGAAAGUACGUUCUUCGUGGAGUUGAGCGAGACAGCAAGCAUUCUGCAUCAUGGUACAUCCCAUUCCCUGGUGCUGCUGGAUGAACUGGGAAGGGGCACAGCUACUUAUGAUGGCACUGCCAUUGCAAGUGCUGUGGUUAAGGAGCUUGCUGAGAAUAUCCAGUGCCGCACUCUGUUUUCCACACAUUACCACUCCCUGGUGGAGGACUAUUCACACUGCACAGCAGUACGGCUUGGGCACAUGGCGUGCAUGGUUGAAAAUGAGUGUGAAGAUCCCAGCCAGGAGACAAUCACAUUCCUGUACAAGUUCAUCAGAGGGGCCUGUCCUAAAAGCUAUGGUUUCAAUGCUGCCAGGCUUGCAAACAUUCCUGAGGAAGUCAUUCAGAUCGGUCACAAAAAGGCAAAAGAAUUUGAGAGAAUGACCGUCUCAUUAAGGAUCUUCAAGGAACUCUGUUCACAUGCUGAAGAUCCAAAGGCAGAUGCCAGCACAUUCACUUCACUGGUGAAGACCAUAUUUUAACUUUAAAAACGUUAUGUAAAGAGUGUUCUUUUCUGGAAAACUCUUGUUUCCCCCUCCAGUAAAAAAAAAAAAAAGAGGUUAUUCACUACUGUAAUGAUCUAAUAAAGUUUAUUUAAAAAUGA